AUGCUUGUUCUGCUCCUACUGAGCAUCUUCACUCCGCUCUGUCCUUCUGGAGUCCCCAGAUCCCAGGGGAGCCUUCCCCAGCCCUCAUCCUUUAAGCGUUUCUUUUUGUGUCUGGCAGGGUCUUCAAAAGAAUGCUAUCAAUGUAGAAGAUAUCAUCUUGGAUUAUGCUAUGAUGGCAUGAAGUCCUGCUACCUGAAAUACAAACAGUACUGUGCCACUGAGAACUUUUAUAUACUUACAAAAAAAGGGGAGAGUUUGUAUUUUUAUUCAAAGCUGUCAUGUAUAUACAACUGUGAGGACAUCAACUUCUUGGAUUUGGGCAAGAGAAUAGAGCUCAUCUGUUGCAAACAUAGCAACUAUUGCAACCUCCCUGUGGGGUCCUAG